CAGAUUUCAAACAUAAGACCACCCGCAAUUCGGAGGGUAUUGGUGGCUUGUUGAUAGGGGAGGAGGUUCAGCCCCCCCCCAAGGUUUCCCUAACGACCGAGCUCUGGCUCAAGCAGCAGCAAACCAUCAACGGCGUGACCUGACGAAAGUAACUGCUCACAUCAACCUCCUCUCAACGUCUGACUUCCACCACUUACACACACACACACACACACACACACACACACACACACACACACUCUCUCUCUCUCUCUCUCUCUCUCUCUCUCUCUCUCUCUCUCUUUUUCUCUUUCUCUCUCUCUCUCUUCUCUCUUUAUCUCGACACACAUAUCCUUCCAAACGGGCGAACAGUUGAUCUGUUCUCUCGUUGCCCUUCACCCUGACCCUUGUCGAGUCUUCUACAUUCGUUUGGUCCGAAAGACUCGCUCUCUCAUCCAUGAAAGUUCGAUGUUUAGCGAUGGAUCGGUAGCGUAUCCUACAAAGAUCGCGACUCGGUUGCUCGGCCCUUCCAGUCUCGCCAAUUUGCUGGAUGUAUUGAUAGUUUGAGGAAUCGUCGUAUCACAGUCAGUCGUGCCAGUGACGACGUGAGAGAGCAAAAAGUUCGGUGUGGUCUGGGGAAUUCUGGGGCAAGAGUGCGGGUGUGCUUCGGCGGCAGAUAAGCACAAUAAAUAGAUACUGACUGGCUCGUGGACGCUCAUCGACCUCUUCCUACGCACGCACACAUACCGAAAGUGGAAAAAAUAAAAGUAAAAAAAAUGCCUCUACAGAAAAGCAUGCCGCAGAGGCCUUCUCGGUCAAAAUCCUCCUCCAAUCCACCUCCCCACAACGAUGAUUCUGGCUCUGGAGGUAGGCAUUUGCCCGUUCAGCCAAAGUUCUCCGCUCUAGCCAAAACCCAGGCCGCGAAGACUAACAGACGGGUGGAAGCAGUGGAGGUUUCUCCCUCAAGAAGGGUACAGAAAAAUUCGUCCUCGGGUAGUAUAACGACAGACAGUUCCAAUUCUAGCUCGUUGCCUUUUAGGAAUAGCACGGAGCAGCGCGUUGCUGUUGCCCCGGCGCGCAGGAGGCUGUCAAUUAGGGAGCAGAACACGGCUGUAGGGCCGCGAAAUGGAGACCCUGUGAAACGCAGUACAUUCACCAAUUAUUCGAAUCCUCAAAUGUAUUCCGAGAGCCCUUCCAUUCAAUCCUCUACAUUUCAUGGACACGCAGAAAACUCGAACUCUCCCUUGAGUUUUAGUUCAGCAACAGCUAGUGGUUCAUUGAAGGAUGAGGGUCAGACUCCCCCCGAUAACAGCGACUUCCUUACGCCAAUUAGUUUCGACGAUUUCCAUAAUAGUAUCAUGUCGAAAGAACCAAAUUUAAGCCAUUUCCCUCUUUCUCUGGGUAGCAGCUAUGAUUCGAAACCUCCGGCUCCACGGUCGACCCCGCGAUGGCAAAGUCAACAGCAACCACAAAAUGGGAGCCAUGUCCGGACGGUACAACUGGCACGAAGAGAAAGCAAUGCUUCGCGGAGCACGAUGGGGAGUGUAACUGCGGUAAAUGGAAAUACCCAGACUCAAGCAACGACUGCGUCUCGCCCGCGUCGUCUAAGUCACGCUCCUCCUCCUACCUCGACUGUUACAACGUCACGACCGCCUAGAAAAUCUAUUGGACCAGGUAAUUUAAUUUCCGACAAUGGAGAUCGCCCCCCACGGAGAAGACCAAGUUUAUCAGCAAGGAAAAACAUGGCGGAUGCAAAUCGCCCAGGCCAGGCGAGUUUCGCCCCUCAAAACUUUGGGGCAGGUGGGCCUUCCGAACCCUCGACGUUUUUGAAUACACCAAGGUAUCAGAAAUCAAAAUCGCUACAGCCACCUUCCCGGACAGCUAGGGAUAGCAAGGAUAGUCUUAUCAUUCCAUCUACGGGGUCAGUGCCUUUGAGGUCUUCAUCAAAUAACGCUGUUCGAACUCCAGCUAAAAGUGGAUUAAACCGGACAACGACACCAUCCUCAUCAAAGCGGAUCUCUGUUAUGCCACCACAUGCUACCGGCUUGGGAGCGCGAACAAUCAGUCCCACUGAUGCUAGACGUAUGAAACGAAUGUCAUUGAUGCCCCAACCUCCUCCAAUGCCACAUACACCUCCAACGCAGCAAGAAAUUGUGCUUCCCCGACCUCGUUCUUCGGCCCAGUCUCCAUCCAUGAUACCGAGGAAAAGCGUUACUCCUUCCUCUUCAAGGACCACUCCUGACCCUCAUCGGAAAUCCUAUAGCUCGGGGAUUUCAUUAUCCUCCAACACUAGUUAUAAUUCUGCUCGAAAUUCUAAUGGGUCGUUACAACCCAGACUUUCGCAGAAUAUUUCGACUUCUAGGUUGCCAACUCCGAAACCCCGUACCGAGAACACGUCUAAUAACGAUGAGGAAGAGGUUCCUCCAGUUCCAGCGAUCCCCAAGGCAUACGAGUCACCUAAAACUGAAGGAGAGCUCCAGGUGCCCAAUACUCGAAAAUCGAGCUUGCCUUUUGAAACCGGAUUACACAAAGACAACUCAAGACCUGAUUCUAAUGCCAUCGAAACUCCUAGCAAAGGACCUGUAAGGGAUGAUUUCCAUGUUACGAGACCAAUUAUCCAUCGGAUGGAUACUAAGCCUAGACCUGUGUCAAAUAUCGGUCGAAAGAAUCUCCAGCCAUUGAAGCUUCCGCCGCUCAAUCUAUUGCCCCUAAGCAUUCCUAUGACUACCAAGAUUGAAUCUUUGCGGGAUAAAAAUACCGAGGAUACGACCCUGCGCAUCUCUCGUACACCUCCACCCCGUCAAACCCUGGCCAAGACUCCGACUACCCCAAUGACCGCUUCUAAAGCGAGCUUCUUUUCCCACAAUCUCCACGAUCACGAACCCCUACCAUCCACGCAACCGAGGAGCACUAGUUCACACCAUGCACUUCUCACUGACCCAAUACGGUUCAGGGCCCAGAAUAGCUCCAGUGCUCUUGAGCCUUUGGAUAUUCUGUCUGACCACAGAAGCGUUUCGCCCUAUGUUUCUUCAUCAUUACCCAAGACCAGUGGAGAGUUCUCUCAUGUUCCACCCCAGCUUCCCAGCGAAUACUCUAGGAAUAACGCUAGCAGGCUUACUGGCCCGCGUCCUCAAACUCAGUUUGCUACCUUUUCACCACGGCUUGAGGGGUCAAGCUUAGGGCCCCCAACGACUAUAGAUACCGAAUCUGAGAGUAGUGCACCGCCGUUCACUCGGCGAAACCCUAGCUCCGAUCACCAGAGAACAAAGUCAUACCACACAAUCAAGGAACCAGGCAGCGAUUCGGCUAAAUAUGGCAGCAUGCCUCCUCCAAAACUUCCGGCCUCAGCUACUUGGAAUAAUUUAUUAACAGCUGGGCAAAACCCCGGCUCUAAACCUACAUACUUGCACUCAAGACGCAAAGCAUCUAUGUCGAGCGUCACGAACGGUCUGGUUCAACGGACACAGAGCAUUAGCAGCGAACAGAGCCUGGCGCUCAACCCUAGCCCUUCUACAGAUGCUGGUGAUACGGACAGCCCAGCAAACCCCUCAGCGUCCUCCUUAUUAUCACCAGUACAUAAGCUUCUAUCCAGCUCCAAACCAACGACGCCCAAACUUCGUCCUCAAGAUCAGAAUUUUGACCGUGACGACUUAUCGGCUGAAGAGGAGAUGAGGAAGCUAGGUAGUAAACGGAAAGAUUUCGAGACCGCUGCGAAGGAAUUGGAAGAAUUGCGACGCAGGGCAAGUCCUAAGGAGCGAGUUGGACCUGCCCAGGCUCUCAAGAUGGCGAGUUUGAAUAUCUUCGAGAAAGGUGAAAUUAUUGAUUUCAAAGAUAUCUACUUCUGUGGUACGCACAAGGCGAAAAAACAUGUCGGAGAUCUGAAUGCCCAAGCUGCCAAUUUUGGGUAUGACGAUGAACGUGGCGAUUACAACAUCGUCAUUGGGGACCACCUGGCAUACCGCUAUGAAAUUGUCGAUAUUCUGGGCAAGGGAAGUUUUGGUCAGGUAGUCCGAUGCGUUGAUCAUAAAACUGGCGUUCUUGUCGCAGUGAAGAUUAUCAGAAAUAAAAAGCGAUUCCACCAGCAGGCACUCGUCGAAGUAAAUAUCCUGCAGAAGCUUAAGGAAUGGGACCCCCACCGACGCCAUAGCGUUGUGAACUUUACUCAAAGCUUUUACUUCCGUGGACACCUGUGUAUAUCGACUGAACUUCUGGGAAUGAACCUGUACGAGUUUAUCAAAGCUCAUGAUUUUAGGGGAUUCUCCCUCAAGCUCAUCCGCCGGUUUACAAAGCAGCUGCUCAGCACUUUAGUUCUUUUGCAUAAAAACAAGGUCAUUCAUUGCGACUUGAAACCGGAAAAUGUACUCCUAGCCCACCCUAUGCAUUCAGAAAUCAAGGUGAUAGACUUUGGCUCCAGUUGUUUUGAGAAUGAGAAAGUGUACACUUACAUUCAGAGCCGCUUUUACCGUUCCCCUGAAGUUAUAUUGGGCAUGUCGUAUGGUAUGCCCAUUGACAUGUGGAGUGUAGGUUGCAUACUUGCUGAAUUAUUCACUGGCUACCCUAUAUUCCCUGGUGAAAACGAGCAAGAGCAGCUAGCAUGUAUUAUGGAGGUGUUCGGGCCACCCGAAAAGCACCUCAUAGAAAAGAGUACACGGAGAAAACUUUUCUUCGACUCUCUUGGGAAACCUCGCUUGACAGUCUCAUCCAAGGGGAGAAGGAGAAGGCCAAGCUCCAAAGAUCUCCGGCAAGCCUUGAAGUGCGAUGAUGAUGCUUUCCCAGACUUUAUCGCACGCUGUUUACGAUGGGAUCCAGCACGAAGACUCACACCAAAUGACGCUUUGAACCACGAGUUCAUCACCGGCAUAAAGUCCAUCCCCCGAUCACGAGGCUAUCUUGCCCCGAUAAACUCACCUGGAAAGCGCAUGGCUUCCGGACCCGCUUCGUCGACCAUACGGCCACUCCCUGAUCCUCCAUCUCAUAGCACCAAGAGUGCGGGAAGACCACGAGACAUGCCAAGCCAAUCUCCCAUUAAAAAUACCGGACCAAAGAGGAAUUCGGCUACUACGAAUGUAUCCGCGGCGAACAGUGCAACAAAACGGACGUCAAAUGGGAAUCUGAUGACUGGUUCUGCCUUACCACGUGUCACAAGAGCUACGAGUGGAAAAGCAGAUCUUGCAACAGCGGCAGCGGCAACCAGCUUGAAAACAAGGUGAUGAUGCGGCCUCUCUCGUACUCUUCAAUAAAUUCAGCCCUGGCUCCCUUAACCUGUGGUUCCUAAAAAGAGAGUAAAGCAGGCGAAGAAUACUUCGUUAAUUGCUAUAACGCUUCGAAAUGCCCCCUGCACUGUUUCAUAUUCGGUUCGCAAACUUCUUUUCAGUUCAUACCCCACGCUCUGCGUUUGCUCUUCUUGUUCUGUAUCCAGUUUCGACAGGCUCACCCGCCCACUCACUCAUUCUAAAAUUGCGCGUGUUUCUUGAUAUGCCCGCUGUAUUUAAUUAAUGUCCCGUAUUCGCUCUUGCUUUUUCCCUCAUUUUUGUCUCUAAUGAUGUAUAGCAAAGUAAACAAGUUUCUUUCCCGCUUGUUUAUCCCCGGGAAUGGAAACUUUGCAUUUGGAUUUUUUGACCCUCGUCCCCCAUUUCUCCCCUUUUCGUUAUCUAGCUUAUAUUGCCGUGUAUCAUCACUAAUCGCGUCCGGCUCUCUUUUUCAUGUCAACUCAUUUCUUUUCUGUUUUUUGGGAAGACUACCGGUUCGAUCAUAUCGCGGCGUGGCCUUACUGGCUAAUUUUCAUCAUAUUCCCUUUCUUUUCGUGGCUUGCCCGGUUGUCCCUACAGCCGGUAUUGUUCAUUUCUUACUGUACUCGCUUUGCCCUAUAUUCAUUUACAUCCCCUCUUUCCUUCCCUGUUCUUUUUACACUUUUUCUUAGACAUACAGCAUACACCUAUUUCGCACAGCAGAUUUUUUUCAAUUAUGGGAGAGAAGAGCCUUUUCGUACAGGAUAUCAUUUUUUCCUUCUAGCUCCUUUCUUCGCAUGCUCAUUAUUGUCUAACACCUCUUCGACCUAUCUUUUUUUUUUCUUUUUUUUCGUGUUCCUAUCCUUCUUCAUUUGUUGAUCUCCCUUUUCUUUUUUACUCCAUAUUUCAUUGUACAUAUAACAUACAUUGACCUCGGUGUCUUGUUGGUUCGGGCUUGAUUUAAUUGAUGCGGCUAUGUGUGUUUAGUUUUUCAUCGUCUUUUCUUGAGGUUUUUUUUUUUUUUUUGAAGUCUUGUCUUUGAGCUAGAUUUUUACUACAUCUCCUAUUUAUGACAAUGUUUCUUCUUAUUCUUGAGCGCAAUCAGACAUAUAUCCCAUUUGUUUUCAGAUUGCUACGGUUUAUAGGAUCUAACUAUUUAUUACAUAUAUUUAACUCUCAUGGCAUCAGCCAUCCAUCCAAUAUAAAAAGGGGAAUCA